AUGGCAGAGAGCUGCCAAGUGAUUCUAUCUAUGACGGUUAAGGAUGCCUUUCUGAGAGCUAUUGGUACAUCAAACGUCUUUCUCUCAAGCUACCAGGUCAAUCCCAGCACACCAGUGACGUGUUUCGAAACGAUGAACAUGGAUGGAAAUCCACUCUCACCAUCGCAAACUACUUCGAUACCGUAUUUUGGAACUACAUUUGAACAGGAAAGCUGCAUAGGCCACCUUUCUCUAGCUGCAACUCCGGGGAAAUCUGCUUACAGGCAGCCACCAAUCUGCUUGCCCCCCAAGGGCCUCACAUACGAAUGGCGUGAGUUUCGCGAUGAGGAUGUCGAAGCUAAGGGUCCUAGCGGGGCCAUGAUAUCCAUUCAAGACCAAGACACUUUGACCCUUUACUAUGAAAAAGCCUUCGAAAAGUUCCAACAGGUAAAUUGUCGAAUUCUUGCGAAAGCCUAUGUCAAGCUUGUGGAGCCUCGCAAGCAGGUGAGAUAUCCAUACAAUGGACGGAAGAUUAUUGCGGGCACCACGUGUCAGUUUGAUCCGGAUGCGACUAAGCCGCCAUGGUGGCCCUCUCGGGUCACCCACCGGGAGCCAGAUCAUCUCCCUAAAGUUGAACGCAUUCGACUUCUAGUUCACAUUCUUCGCGAAUUAUGCGGCAGUCAUGGAAUUUCUGUUACGCAACUCGAAAAAGCCGAUCAGUCAAUUCGCCGUUUGAUUUCUCCGCCGAAGCUAGUGCACGUCCUGGACGAGAUUUAUUAUGUUAGACGGCAAGAAGAACAAUUUCUAAACGGAAAUCUUUACAGGCAAACGAUGGUGUGGGUUUCUCACGCCGAUUUUCUUGAAACAGCAGGGAACACUGGGCAGAGACAAAAUAGUGGCAAUUAUACGUCGGCCUCCCCAGUCACCUCCCCAGUCACCAUUCGAGGGAUGGAGACAUAUGCGGGCUGUGCUGAAUAUUCGUCUGCUUUAAAGGAUCCUCAGGAUGUAUUUGCGCCUGAUGAAGUUUUCGAGAAACGAGCGUCUAGCCAGCAUGCCCUCUCAUUUCCAAACAGGAAGAGAGGCCCCCGAGAACAUAUACUCCCGAACAAGAUCAGUUCCAGUGCUGCUGUGACUAUCACUCCUCGGACUUUGAAAAGGAAGCGCGACAUUGUUGAGAUUCAUUCUGCUAAUCCAAGGGCUCCUUCUGCCGUUGCUUCCUUCCCAUCGCUCUCCCCUAGGGCUGGUGAGCAGUUAUCAAUGGACAUGUACGAUGCUUCUUCUGCGAGCCAACCUUCGACAGUUCCAUGGACCAAGCAUUCAACAACGGGGAUUAUAGUAGAGCCAUUGAAGGCUUAUGCUGCGCCUGCCUAUGAUGACUAUCGGGCAUGA